CAAUAGGCAGAUUCGUCAGUCAAACCUCUGCGUUCUGGGUGAAGUGCACCUAGGUGGGGGAGCACGACCGGGACACAGUUGUCCCACAGCUGAGAAUGAGGCUGGUCGUCUGUGCCCUGCUAAUUGCAGGGACCCUAGGCCUGUGCCUGGCUGCUCCUAAGAAGACUAUACGAUGGUGUGUUGUGUCAGAUCUUGAGGCCGCUAAGUGUUCCAGUUUCCAUGACAACAUGAAGAAAGUCCUUCCUGCAGAUGGUCCAUCUGUCACCUGUGUGAUGAAAACCUCUUCCCUGGAGUGCAUCCAGGACAUCUUGGCCAACAAAAUAGAUGCCGUGACUAUUGAUGGAGCAUUGAUGGCUGAGGCUGGCCUGACCCACUACAACCUGAAACCUAUCAUGGCAGAAUACUAUGGAUCGAAAGAUGAUCCGCAGACGCACUUUUAUGCCGUGGCCGUGGCAAAGAAGGGAACCGGCUUCCAACUGAACCAGCUCCAGGGCAAGAAGUCCUGCCACGCAGGCCUGGGCUGGUCUGCUGGGUGGUACGUUCCCCUCAGCGCACUGCUCCCUCCUGGCUCACUGCAAACAGCAGCGGCCAUGUUCUUCUCCAGUAGCUGUGUCCCCUGUGCGGAUGGAAAGGCGUCUCCCAGCCUGUGCCAACUGUGUGUGGGGAAAGGGACAGACAAGUGUGCCUGCUCCUCCCGUGAACCGUACUUCGGCUACUCUGGAGCUUUCAAAUGUCUGGAGGAUGGCAAGGGGGAUGUGAGCUUCCUGAGGCACCUGACACUGUUUGAGGUCCUGCCACAAAAGGCCGACAGGGACCAGUAUGAGCUGCUCUGCCCGGACAACACCCGCAGGCCAGUGGAGGAAUACGAGCAGUGCUACCUGGCCCGGGUCCCUUCUCAUGUUGUUGUGGCUCGGAGUGUGGACGGCAAGGAGGACUUGAUCCAAGAACUCCUCGGAGUGGCCCAGGAACAUUUUGGAAAAGACAAGUCAUCAACAUUUCAGCUCUUUGGCUCCCCUCUUGGGAAAGACCUGCUGUUUACUGACGCUGCUCGUGGAUUUCUAAGGGUCCCGCCAAAGAUGGACAUCAAGCUGUACCUGGGAUAUGAGCUUUCUUCCGACAUUCAGAAUCUACAGAGAGGUUUGGCAGACUCUCAGAGGGUGAAGUGGUGUGCCGUGGGCCAACAGGAGAGGGCCAAAUGUGACCAGUGGAGCGCUGUCAGUGGUGGCGCCUUGGCAUGUGUUACAGAGGAAACCCCGGAGGAUUGCAUGGCUGCCGUCACGAAAGGAGAAGCAGAUGCCGUGAGCCUGGAUGGAGGAUUUGCCUACAUUGCUGGUCACUGCGGUCUGGUGCCCGUCCUGGGCGAGAACUACCUGUCUACACAUGGCAGCGGGAGGCUGGGGUCCAAGUGUGUGAAUGCACCUUUGGAAGGUUAUUAUGUUGUGGCCGUGGUUAAGAAAUCAGAUGUUGGCAUCACCUGGAACUCUCUGCGAGGCAAGAAGUCCUGCCACACAGCAGUCGGCACUUCAGCAGGCUGGAAUGUCCCCAUGGGUUUAAUAUACAACCAAACCGGGUCUUGCAACUUUGACACCUUCUUCAGUCGCAGCUGUGCCCCGGGCUCUAAUCCUGACUCCCGGCUCUGUGCUCUGUGUGCCGGUGGUAACAGCCCAGCCCACAUGUGUGCCGCCAACAGCCAUGAGGGAUAUCACGGCUCCAGUGGAGCUCUCAGGUGUCUGGUUGAGAAGGGGGACGUGGCCUUCGUGAAGCACCCCACAGUUCUACAGAACACUGAUGGUUAGUCUUGAACCUGCAGUCCUCCUGCCUAAGCCUCCUAACUUACUAGCGUAGUGGUCUGUACCGCCCUCCCUGUCAAGCCUUGUGGCUUGCCCCCAUGACGACUGAGAAGAGCACACAGGGUAAGUCAUAUAAAGCAUGGCUUUGCCUCCUACCCCCAACUCCAGAUGUGACUAUGAAUUCCUCUUUGUUUCUGAGACUCUGGUCAGCCCUACCUAAGCCAUCCUUGUCAUACACACAGACACACAGAUGUGCACACAUACACAUGCUCACACGGUAUGCCUUCAUGUGCCAUCUAACUGCAUAACACUGCUCAUUUGGGGUGAUGAUCAGCAUUCCACACCAGCAAAGCCAGGGGCUCAUGCUGAUGUUUGCCUCUUCCGGGGUUGCCAAUACCUUGAAACUACUUUAAUUAUUAAUUACUUUUAUUUUAUGGGUAUUGGUGUAUUGCCUGCCUCUAUAGCUGUGUGAAGGUGUCGUAACUCCUGGAGCUGGAGUUACAGACAAGUGGUGAGAUGCUGUGUAGGUGCUGGGAAUUGAACCCGGGCCCUCUGGAAGAGCAGCCAGUGCUCUAAACCACUACGCCGUUUCUCCAGCAGCCCCAUGGGACUAUUUUAAGAAACUUUUGCUUUAAUGGGACUAAUGGAGAACCACACAAGGAGGUUAUGAGUUUGUGAAUUCCUCUUUCCUCUCUUUGUUUUAUUUCUCUGGGUAGCAUGGCUCUCCCGGGAGGGUACCUGGACCAAUGCUCUAAGCUGUGGCUGAGUGAGCA